AUGAUUAGUUAUAGACCAUUGGAUUUGGGAAAUUUGCUUCACUUUGAACAUCUCAAGAGACUGAUAGAUGCUGAUCUGUCAGAACCGUAUUCAAUAUACGUAUAUAGAUUUUUCUUAAAUCGAUGGCCUGAACUAGCAUAUCUUGCAUUUGAUGAUGAUAGUGAAAAAUCCGAUGAGCCAAUUGGAUGUGUUAUAUGUAAGCAAGAGUCACAUAGAAACCGAAGAAUGAGAGGAUAUAUUGGGAUGUUGGCAGUUGAAAGUAAAUACCGUGGACGUGGAAUCGCCAAGACGUUGGUUAAAAAGGCAAUUAAAAAAAUGCAAAAAGAGGGAUGCGAUGAGAUAAUGUUAGAAACAGAAGUUAGCAACAAUGUUGCAUUGAACCUAUACGAAGGUAUGGGGUUCUUGAGGAUGAAGCGAAUGUUUCGCUAUUAUCUGAAUGAAGGUGAUGCGUUCAAACUGAUACUACCGCUAACGGCGAAAAGCUGUGUGAGAACAACGUUUUUGGAGGAAAAUGUGGACUAA